AUGCCCAGGGGCCGGGAUGCCUGGGUCCUCCGCGCGGGAGGGGCGUGGGCCCAUGGAGCCGCCGGCCUGGCGGCCUCUGCGCCUUUCCAUUGGCUGCGCCGCUCGUCCGUUAGCGCCGCCAGGCCCAAUGCGCGCACGCAGGGGGCGGGCGCUGGUGCUGAUGCUGCCGUCAGUCGGUGUUGCAGGGAUGCGGCGGCGGGAGCAGCCGCCCUGACUCGCGGAGCAUCCUCCUCCGAGCGGCACCGCGGCGGGCCGGGCGGGGACGCGGUGGGGAGCGAGUGGCUCGAGGCAGCCGACGCCGCCGGCCCCGGUUGUGUCACCCGCCAGAGACGGGGCGGCUCCGGGGUUCUGAUCCCCACCCUUCAGUUCCUGGAGCCCCCAGACCAGGUACGGGGGGCGGAGGGGGGUGCUGCGGCGGCGGAGAUGGGCGGGGGGCGGGAGCCGAUCGGCGGAGGGGAGCGAUCAGAGGGGCGGGGGAGGCUGGGAGGAUAG